AUGAUUCUUCUAUAUUUUCUUUCAAUUUUGGUGUAUUCAGUGAUUGGUGAAGUUGCUGAUUAUGGAGUGUUACCAGAUUUCAAAUUAACACCCUUGUAUUUAAAAGAGGACAAGUGAGUUUCUCUGAAAAAAACCCUGCAAAAAAAAACAAAUACAUAUUGUUUCAAGAGUUCUUCAACUCGACAACGCAACAUUUGAUGAUACAAUUUUCGGCGUCGAGUCCGGUCAAGCGGGUUAUCUUGUUGAGGUGAGGAGAGAUAGAUGAAAAAUGUAUUGGAUAGUUUUCCCCAACAAAAAUGUGGCCGCCAUAGCUCAGUCGGUUAGAGCGUGGGUCUAAUAAGCCCAAGGUCGCAGGUUCGACCCCUGCUGGCGGCAAAUAUUUUUGCAAAUUUAUAUUCAUUUUUUCAACAAAAAAAGUAACAAAAACGCGCAUGUUUGCCCUAUUGACUAAUGUUUUUUUCUCCUACUGUCUCUCAAAUAUUCCGUCGUUGUCGUUGCGGAAGAGUGUGUAACCGACUAAACUAUUUUUUUUCUACAGUUUUAUGCUUCUUGGUGUGGACAUUGUCGAGAAUUCUACCCAGUGUACAAAAAUUUGGGAAAUGAUGUUUAUGGAUGGAGAAAUAUUGUGAAAAUUGCCGCUAUUAACUGUGCUGAUCCAGUGAAUUUGGAUGUUUGUAGAACUCAUGGAAUCUUUUUCUACCCAGUCAUUAAGGUUUGUAUUUAUCUUUAAUUGAAUAUCAUUUGAAAAUUUAAGUAUUUCCCACGUGCUGCGAUUGAUUCAACUGGAGGGCUCCCAAUUAGCGUGAAAAACAGUGUUAGUGAAAUGAGAGAGCAAUUGACAAAAGCGGUUAUGGAUGAUUAUGCACUUCAUAGAUAUCCAGAUUGGCCCGUUUUUGAUUUCCUUAAUGAGUUAGUUGUUUUCAAAUUUUUCUCCAAAAUCUAAAACUUGUUACAGUGUUGUUUCCUACAAUGAACUCUGGAAUACAACAGCUCUGUCAGCAAGUUAUAUCGCUCUUAUUUUUGAGCAAAGUCAAGCAUCAAUUACUGGAGCUCAAUUAUUAUUAGAUUUGAGCAGCAAUCGACAAACUCUUGUUGCUCGCCGUGCAUUGAAAUCUCAUCCACUUGUUGAUAAACUCAAACUUACUGAUUUCCCAACUUUUGCAAUUUUCAAAAAGGAAAGCAAAGAACCAGUAUUUGUUGCAGAGUAAGUUUUCUUUUCUAUAUUUUUGUUUGGAAAACCAGCAAUAAAUUUUAGGGUUCGACGAUUGCUUUUCCGCGAAAUCGAAACAUUUUUGGGUAAACCUUAUUAUCAUUUCACUGAUGUUAAUCGUAACAAUCAAAAGAAGAACUUCACUGAUUGUUUCAAAUUCCCUGAAUUGUGCAAGCCAAAUUAUUUUGUGUCAGAAGUUGAUUUGUUGAAAGCUUCAAGAUAUGCGCUUUUCAGAGAAACUGCUAGAAAAAGUAAGUGUUUUCAUUGUUAUUUUUAAAACAACAUAUGUUUAUGAAACAGAUAGUUAUUGAAUUCCAGUAAUUUGAAACUUGAAAAAGUAUUUUUAGAAAAUUUAUAAACUAUUAAAAAUGUGAUAGCGGCCUUUUUUGAAACAGUUUUUUUUGCAAAGGGUUUGAAAAAUAUCUCUCCCGUCAGGUUAAUUUUUGAAAUUUUCAUCAAUUUCUUCAGGUGCUCCGCUUCGCACCGCCAAUUUGUCUGCUCUCUAUGAGUUCACAUCACUUCUAGCUGAUAAUUUCCCAACAACCACAAUUGAUGGAGCUGAAAAUGAUGUAUGUUCUAGGAAUAAAAAUACAAAAUCCCCAAGCUCCUCACUUACCAUUUUUCCAGACCCUCGUCCACCUUGACAGAUCUUCUCGAGCUGUUCGAGUAUUCUCAAGACUUCGUGAUUUCCUCGCUGAUCAUGGAUUGGACAACGAAUUGAGUAUUGCUGAUUGGCAAAAAGCAUUCGUCGAUGCUGAAACUGAAGCUGGAAAUCCAUUCCCAUUGAACACCCCGUGGGAUCAUUGUGCUGGUUCUUCUCACGAAUUCCGUGGUUAUACAUGUGGUCUUUGGACAACGUUCCAUACAUUAACUGUGAAUGCAUAUAGAAAUUAUGUGACAAAUAUGACAAGUGGGUUUUUAUAUAAAACAUUUUUGAUGUUAUGUGGUUUUUUUUAGAUGUGACUCUUCCACUUCCACCAUUACAAGCAAUCCGAGAUUGGGUUGGAUCAUUCUUUGGUUGUGAUACUUGUAGAAAUCACUUUUUGAAAAUGACAACUGAUACUUUUAAGUUGGAAGCUAAUGUGAGUUUUAUAUUUUUAAAUAUUCAAAAGAAGACAUGUUUGUCUUUUGAAAAAAAUCAAAACUUCUGAAAAAAAUGUACAUAUGAAUUUAAAAUUCAAUAAGUUUUACAAAAAAAGUUCUGCAGGUCCGUGAUCCAGAAGAUGUUUUCAUGUAUCUCUGGAAAGCACACAAUCGUGUCAAUGCCCGACUUCACGGACAAAAAACAGAAGAUCCAAAAUUCCCCAAAUAUCAAUUCCCUCCAAAAUUCUUAUGCGAGGAUUGCAAUAAUAAAGGAGCUUUAAAUGAAACAGCCACUGAAGAAUUUUUAUUAGAUUAUUAUAGUCGAGUCAAACCAUUUCAUCAACCAACACCAGGACCCAUCUAA